CUCGGCAACGGCGGCGGCGGCGGCGGCGGGCCCGGCCGGAGCCUCCCGGGCCCAGGUGAUCCCUGGGAUUUCCAGCCACAGCCAUGGGAUUGUUUGACAAGCUGGCAGGAUGGCUUGGGCUGAAGAAAAAGGAGGUUCACGUCUUGUGCCUUGGCUUGGACAACAGCGGCAAAACAACGAUCAUCAAUAAACUGAAACCUUCAAAUGCUCAAACUCAGGACAUCGUUCCAACAAUAGGAUUCAGUAUAGAGAAAUUCAAAACUUCAAGUUUGUCUUUCACAGUGUUUGAUAUGUCAGGUCAAGGGAAAUACAGAGACCUGUGGGAGCACUACUACAAAGAUGGCCAAGCCAUAAUUUUUGUCAUUGAUAGCAGUGACAAAUUAAGAAUGGUUGUAGCCAAAGAAGAACUUGACACCCUUCUGAAUCAUCCAGAUAUCAAGCACCGUCGACUGCCUAUUCUCUUCUUUGCUAACAAGAUGGACCUCAGGGAUGCAGUGUCAUCUGUGAAAGUGUCUCAGCUGCUGUCCUUAGAAAACAUCAAAGACAAGCCUUGGCAUAUCUGUGCCAGUGAUGCUCUUAAAGGAGAAGGAUUACAAGAAGGUGUGGAUUGGCUCCAAGAUCAGAUGCAAGCAAUGAAGACAUGAGAGAUAAAUAAGGGAUCUCUGGGGUUCUUUUACACCUGCUGUCAGUAGGUGAACAAGUUCCUUGAAAAGGAAGAAUGAUUUGAAGAAGAUGAACAGUUCAGCUAAAAGAUCCUAUAUUGACUUGUUUCAGUUUAGUAUCUCUUCCAGGAAAACUGAAUGUAGACAACCUAGCACCUCAGGUAUGCACACUGAUGAAUUCAAUUGAAUCUUAUGACUGGAGAGCAUAUACAAAAAAAAAAAUUGUGUUAACAACAUCUGCAUUCAUUUGAGGUUUAGGUGGUAAUUAGCCAUGAGGAAAUGCCCCUCUGUUUUUUGGGGGGCACCUUUUGAGCAAAUGGGAAUAUUUAUUUUCCAGAGAAAGAAUAGUCAGCACUUCCUGAAAUCCAGCUACAUAAGAUACCUACUGUUUCAGAUGCCCAAUUUUAGGCAUUACUGCCAUUUUUUUAUAUCAAAGUUUGACAUUGGGUUUUUAUUAUCCAUCUCUAAUAGACUUGUAUAAGAAUAUUUUGAUUAAAGGUACAAGGAUUCAAAUAUUCAGUGUAUUUGUUAUUGAUGGUUGCAGAUGUUUUUAAGGAAUUGCUUUUAAUGAAAUGUUAUUAAUUUUUUUGUGAUUAUGCCAUGGUUAUAUUUGCAUUCCCAUCAAUAAAAUUUCAGAUAUAUGACAUGCCCUGAUUGGGUUUUUUAAGUUUAAUAUGUUCAUUAAUGGUCUUUACAUAGUAGAGAUUUUUGGUUUUCUAUUUGUUUCAUCUGGAAUUUGUUUAUCCAUAUUCAAGUGAAUAUAGCACUGUGUAUGUAAUAAAAUGGUAUCUCUGUUGCCAAGGU